GUCCGUCAAAAUGACAGAAUAACACCAUAGGAAUAACACAAAAUAAUAUAACUCGGAAAUAACACAAAUGAUGAAAAUAACACAACGGCAUUUCUCGAAAUAUCACAAGCAAUUUAUGGAAUAUCUAGAUAAAAAGGCAAGCAUACAUUUAUCGGAUAGAAGUAAUAGACUGUGGCAUCACGUGGCAGGCCCAAAAACAAUAUUUUUCUGGGCCCCCAUAGUGAAAUGGAGCAUAGUUAUAGCUGGCAUAGCUGACUUAAAUAGACCAGCUGACCAGAUCAGUUUAGGACAAAGCAGUUCCCUUGCUAUAACUGGCUUGAUUUGGUCUAGAUACUCGGUGGUUAUUUAUCCCGUUAACUAUCAGUUACUAAGCGCUAAUGUAUUCAUGGGUAUCACACAGUUCUACCAAUUCCUUAGGUGUGUCCAUUUUAAUUUUAUUUUAACUCCAGAAGAACAAGAAAGAUAUAUUAAAGAAAAUAGGAAAAUAGAAUAAAUAAUUAAUA